AUGAAUUUCCCGCGAGUUUUCUCGAGGCUUUUGCACUAUGGACAGCCGUUAUGGCAGGAUGCUGGUAGAGGUAAGACAGCUAAGCAGGUUUUGAAGUUUAUGAAUAAUCAGCCAAGUCAGAAAAAUGAUGUUCCACAUGAGAAACUGCCGAGUUGGAAGAAACAGACAUUAGCAUUGAAAGAGAAGUUCAAUGGUGAACGAUGGAAUCCGGCAAAGAAGCUUUCGAGAGCAGAAAUGGAAAGUAUGAGGGUUCUUAGAGAUCGUUUCCCACAGCUUACGGCUAGUGAUCUUGCUGAGCGAUAUAAGGUGUCACCAGAAGUCGUUCGUAGGAUUUUGAAGUCCAAAUGGCAGCCCACAGAGGAAGAAAUGGUUCGGAUACAUGAAAGGUGGAAGAGAAGAGGUGAGAGGAUUCAGGAGUUGUACAGUUCAACCCCAGACCUGAUAAAUCCUACCGACAAGGUCAUAGUCCCAAAGAAGAUAAGCAUCAGUUCAGCACGGGAUUCGUCGGAGUUCAUCGUUCGUAAAGUGAACAACAUGGCAAAGAGGUCUCAGGCCAGAGAUAUGACCAACUCGGGCAAUAAAAGUGCGACUAGUAAGAACAAGCUGUUUUUACUACAACGAUCCACGUCAAAAUAA